AUGCCUCCAGCUCUCCACCCUCGCUCACGUUGGACAACUUCACUCUUUACCUCAACUCUUCUCGUUUCGUUCCUCGUUGUCGGCACACCACACAUACUGCCAUGUCCAGCACCACGGAAUAUAGCUGCAGACUCGAGGGACUUAACAGACCCUUCUAGACCUCGACGGCGGAGAAAGCGCGCCUCUGGGGCGUCUGAGGAUCCGGAGGUACAAAGUAAAGAAGUUGAGCCUGGGAGGGAGUGUCCUGUGCCCAAGCCAUCAGGACUAGUAGGUCAAAUACUCGGCUUCAAGGAGCGGAAAGAGAACACAGAGAAUCCUACAAUCAUAAUAGAGAGUACUAGGACAAAAGAGAGACGGAAAGCCAUGGAUGAAAAGACGGAUCAGAACAGGUAA